GGAGGGGGGGGGGGGACACCACGGAAUUCCCACUCCCGACUCCCGUACGUACGUAGACUUGCAUAUUGUUUAUGAUGACCAAGAAAGUUCCAAGGCUGCCUUUUGUUCGGCUGCUAAAACAACCUGGUCACACAAUAAGCGCAACCGCUGUGCAAACUAUCCAAAGAAUGUUCAUGAAAUUCUCGUAACAAAAGAUCCACUUAGGCGAAAACAAUUUCGUCCUACUUUUCCAACUCAAAAACGGGCGUUAUUAUCCCACUAACGAAUGAAAAACAGAGCUCUGGCAUUCACGCAAACAAAAGAGAGUUUGUAGGUCAAUGGUUGUGUCAAUGUCGCAUUUCAAGGCAUUCAGAGGCGACUGAAGUCACGUACAACUCGUGUGCGUGGGAUCGUUGGUAAGUUUGUAGCAGUUGCUGAACGACAACAAUAAAUAUUUGUGUAACCGUCGCUGAAAACAUUUUUCAGAUCUCACAGAAUCUUCUAGAACUCGGUCAAACUGUUUAUAAACUCGUCUUCUGUCCGCUGUCCGCUACACAUAAUCGUGAGCUGUUGCUGUAAAAGUUUAAACAUCAUUUUAACAGUGAAGUUUAUCUGACAUUUGCUAAUUAUUGUAAAGACUUACAAAUUACUUAGGGAUCAACACUGUAACCAUGUCUUUAAGCUCGGGAAGUCCAUUGCAGACUGAGGCGUUCAAGCAACACGUUCGGCGUCACUGUGAGCAGAAACUGGCAGAGGGCUUGCCGACCUCUUCCCCACAUGCUAAUCGUCUACACCCAGCGUCCGGUCCUCGGUUUCAGCUCCACGAACAACGCCGGUCCAGCGAUGGUCAGCUACCGCCGAUGUUUCCCAGCAAGGGCGUCCCAAUUGGGUCAACACGUGGUUCCCAGCAGUUCGUCCCAAAGACAAAAAGCGGUGGUGUGAAACCGCCUGUCGGCGACGUACGACGGUCUAGCGAUGGCCAGUUACCGCCGAUGUUUCCGGUGAACGACGGUCAGAUAUUCGUUGGACCUCCACCCGCGAUGAUGCCCCGUCAGAUUAAGCCAAUAAGAGGCACCGACCCUGUAUUCGACGCCGAGUUACGUAGGUCAAGUGACGGUCAACUGCAACCGAAGUCUUCCACCAAGGACCCUUUUAAGGGUCCUCCAACUAUGAUGAUCCCCAAGCAUAUCCAGCAGCAGAGCGGCAGUGCCGAGGUGCAAGUGAGUCCCAAGGAGUUCCGGGUGGACGUGGAUGUUGCCGCGUACGCGCCGGAGGAACUGGCCGUCAAGAUCGUGGGAGACCACGUCGUCAUUAAGGGCAAACACGCCGAGGGGAGCCCGGGGGAAAAGGCCAAUGUCACCCGGGAGUUCAGCCGCCGGUACACGCUGCCCGAAGACGUCAUUGUGGAGGAUGUCUCGGUGUUUUUGGCCAAGACUGGGAAGCUGAGCGUCAAGGUGCCUCGACGGAUGAAAGAUCAUGACGAAAAACACGCAGCGGAAAAACACACAACGGAAAGGAAAAGCAAAGUCAAGUUUAAAGAAUGACUUAAGGUGAUCUAGAAAAAAACGAACAAGACGUCUUUCUGACUAUCCGAUGCGAUGUUGUACAUGUACUGUAAUCGGUAUUAGCCUCUAGCUUUUGAGCAAUGUGGAUGUUUUUUUUUUGGCUUGUUGAAUGCGCAGAUAGUUUCUAUUAAAACAAUUAUUCCUUGUUAUAAUUUCUAGUACUCAGUGAAGUCUAAAUAGAGGAAGAGCAGGAACGAAAAUUUGCAGAAACUUUAUGUUCCGUUUUUCCAUAAUAACGCCAAUCAUUUCGGCAUAAUACAUGUGCAGUCGACUCUCGUCGUUAAUACGAGGUCCUCGGGACUAAAUAUGACAAUAGCUCUUAUUAAGCGACAAGCAUUUUUCGCGCACUCGCCAACAUGCAUCAUGGAUCGUUCAUGUAGCUCAUGCAUAGGCCACAUGCUCUUGUUGAAAUUGCAAUGAAUUUGCCUUCAAAAGUUAAAUCAUGUUCUCCGAAAUCUCGUCUUAACUGUGCUCGUAUUAACGAGAGUCGACUGCAGAAGCAUAAGGAAUCGCAUUCACAGCGAGUCAAAGUUCUUAUUUGUAAGAUGGUUAAUAACAGCUGCAGACAUAAAUUUAGUGAGAGACUCUAGUUUGAACCAAUGUUCAUCAGGAACACUGUUCCACAUCCUUACUAACCUAGGAAUAAAGCAUUGUUGAUGUAUGGCAGGUAUAGGAAAAGUUAGGGAGUGGUUAUGUGCAGCAGAUGCAAGAUAUGUCUUAAGUUGAAAGGUUCAUCUGGGGCAGGCCUGCACAGGUUUUAGAUGGAACUAAAUGCCGCUCUUUACACUAACGGUCUUCAACAUUUCUCAUAUUGGUCAGUGGCUGAAGGUUUUUAAGCUCUGACAGGAGCUUUAACAUGUCACUUGGUGGUUGGUCGUGGUGUCUGUCUGUCUGUCCCUCCCCGAAAAUUGACCAAAAGUAUGGUGUUCCAUAUGUGCCAUUGACGCCACAUUUUUAGGCAUUGCAUUUUUAAGCUGUGGCAGGGAUCAUUUUGAUCGAUUUCAUGCAAGACCUUCACGCAAGACUUCUUGCAACACGGCCAGAGCUUAUUGUGCACUCGCACUUGUUUUAACAAAAAGAAAAUUGCAUUGCUUAUGUCUAGACCAUAGUGCCAAGGCAAGCAAAGCAAGAUCACAGAGACCGUGUGAAUGCAUGACUAACCAACACAAUUGCAUAAAACUGGUAAUUAUGAGGGUAAAUUAAGCAAAUUUAUUAUUCAAAUUCUCAUCCAAUGUUUACAUCAAGUUGUAGUAGGGAGCAAAGCAGUGAAACAUUAAAUCUACUGACUUUCAAUAGUUGGCUCAAUGGACAAAUUA